AGCAGGUGUCGGAUUGCAGUGCGCUCCCGGGCGGGCGGGCUGACUGGCUCUCCCUGAGCCCCAGCGGCCUCUGGAGUUCUGCUCCUUCUCCUCUGCGGCCUCUAGACAGCUCCCCAGCCCUGCGGGCGGGCGGCGCCAAGGGAGCAUGGUCCAACACUCGGGCUCCAUCCAAUCCUUCAAGCAGCAGAAAGGUAUGAACAUAAGCAAAAGUGAAAUAACAAAAGAAACUCCGCUGAAACCCUCUCGGAGAUCCCUGCCUUGCCUUACCCAGAGCCAUGCUCACCCUCACAGCUUGUGCCAAUCUCCCUCCCUCUUCCAGUCCACCGAGAGUGACUCUCAGGCUCCCACCUCGGUCACCUUAAUCUCUGCCGACAAAACAGAGCAAGUUAACCCUGAGGAGAAUAACAAAGAAUCUUUGCUCAAAUGUUCCUUUGCUGAUCUCAGUGAUUUCUGCUUGGCCCUAGGCAAAGAUAAGGAUUACAUGGAUGAAUCAGAACAUGCUAAUUAUGACCGGUCUCGUCUCAUUAACGACUUUGUUACCAAAGACAAACCUGAGUCCAAGACAAAACUGUCUAAGAAUGACAUGAAUUACAUAGCAUCCAGUGGACUUCUAUUCAAAGAUGGCAAAAAGCGAAUUGAUUACAUCCUGGUUUAUAGAAAGACGAACAUACAGUAUGACAAGAGGAACACAUUUGAGAAGAACCUCAGAGCGGAAGGCCUGAUGCUGGAGAAGGAGCCUGCAAUCGCGAACCCUGACAUCAUGUUUAUUAAAGUCCACAUCCCGUGGGACACACUGUGCAAGUACGCGGAGAGGCUGAGCAUCCGAAUGCCCUUCAGGAAAAAAUGCUAUUAUACUGACGGGAGGAGCAAAUCAAUGGGCAGGGUGCAGAAUUAUUUCAAGAGAAUAAAGAAGUGGAUGUCCCAAAACCCCAUGGUUCUGGACAAGACGGCAUUCCCAGAGCUGGAGGAGUCGGACUGUUACACUGGUCCGUUCAGCAGAGCCCGGAUUCACCACUUCAUAAUCAACAAUAAGGACACCUUCUUCAGCAAUGCCACUCGGAGCAGGAUCGUGUAUCACAUGCUGGAGCGCACCAAGUACGAGCAUGGCAUCUCCAAAGUGGGUAUCCGCAAACUUAUCAACAACGGCUCAUACAUAGCUGCAUUUCCCCCACAUGAGGGAGCCUACAAGAGUAGCCUGCCCAUCCAAACCCAUGGACCUCAGAAUAACAGACAUCUGCUCUAUGAGCGCUGGGCGCGCUGGGGAAUGUGGUACAAGCAUCAGCCGCUGGACUUAAUCAGGCUGUACUUCGGGGAGAAGAUCGGGCUGUACUUUGCAUGGCUGGGCUGGUACACUGGAAUGCUCAUCCCUGCGGCAGUGGUUGGCUUGUGUGUGUUCUUCUACGGACUGGUAACCAUGAACGAAAGCCAAGUAAGCCAAGAGAUCUGUAAAGCCACCGAAGUCUUCAUGUGCCCGCUUUGUGACAAGAACUGCUCGCUACAGAGACUCAAUGACAGCUGUAUCUAUGCCAAGGUGACGUACUUGUUUGACAAUGGAGGGACAGUCUUCUUUGCUAUUUUUAUGGCAAUAUGGGCUACUGUCUUCCUGGAGUUUUGGAAGAGGAGAAGAAGUAUACUGACCUAUACCUGGGAUCUUAUUGAAUGGGAAGAAGAGGAGGAGACCUUGCGCCCCCAGUUUGAAGCCAAGUAUUACAAGAUGGAGAUUGUAAAUCCCAUCACAGGGAAGCCAGAGCCCCAUCAGCCUUCCUCCGACAAAAUCACCCGUCUUCUCGUCUCUGUCUCAGGAAUAUUCUUCAUGAUUUCUCUGGUGAUCACUGCGGUAUUCGCGGUAGUGGUGUAUCGCCUGGUGGUCAUGGAGCAGUUUGCAUCCUUCAAGUGGAAUUUCAUCAAGCAACACUGGCAGUUCGCCACAUCUGCCGCCGCGGUCUGCAUCAAUUUCAUAAUCAUCAUGUUGCUGAAUCUAGCCUAUGAAAAAAUCGCUUACCUCCUCACUAACUUAGAAUACCCUCGAACCGAGUCGGAAUGGGAAAACAGCUUUGCCUUGAAGAUGUUUCUUUUCCAGUUUGUCAACCUAAACAGCUCUAUCUUCUACAUCGCCUUCUUCCUGGGAAGAUUUGUAGGUCACCCUGGGAAAUACAAUAAACUUUUUGACCGCUGGCGGCUGGAGGAGUGCCACCCCAGUGGCUGCCUGAUAGACCUCUGCCUGCAGAUGGGAGUCAUCAUGUUUCUGAAGCAGAUAUGGAACAACUUCAUGGAACUGGGCUACCCGUUGAUCCAGAACUGGUGGUCACGACAUAAAAUCAAGCGUGGAGUACAAGACGCCUCCAUCCCCCAGUGGGAGAAUGACUGGAAUCUGCAACCCAUGAACAUCCACGGGCUGAUGGAUGAGUACCUGGAGAUGGUUCUGCAGUUUGGUUUCACCACCAUCUUCGUCGCAGCCUUUCCCCUGGCCCCUCUUCUGGCUUUGUUAAACAACAUCAUUGAAAUCAGGCUGGAUGCUUACAAAUUUGUCACCCAGUGGCGGAGACCUCUGCCAGCCCGGGCCACUGACAUAGGUAUCUGGCUGGGCAUUCUGGAAGGAAUUGGCAUCCUGGCUGUGAUCACCAAUGCGUUUGUCAUUGCCGUUACCUCAGACUACAUCCCACGUUUUGUCUAUGAGUACAAGUACGGCCCGUGUGCAAACCAUGUAGAACAGAAUGAAAAUUGCUUAAAGGGAUACGUCAACAACAGCCUGUCCUUCUUUGACCUGAGCGAGCUCGGCAUAGGGAAGUCCGGCUACUGCAGGUACAGAGACUACAGAGGUCCCCCUUGGAGUUCCAAGCCCUACGAGUUCACCCUGCAGUACUGGCACAUCCUGGCUGCCCGGCUGGCCUUCAUUAUCGUGUUUGAGCACCUCGUUUUUGGGAUUAAGUCUUUCAUCGCGUACCUGAUUCCAGACGUCCCCAAAGGCCUGCAUGAGCGAAUCCGGCGGGAGAAGUACUUAGUCCAAGAAAUGAUGUACGAGGCCGAACUGGAGCAUCUACAGCAACAGCGGAGGAAAAGUGGUCAGCCUGUCCACCACGAGUGGCCCUAGCUGCUACCGCCUACCAGCAGGGCAGCUGCCAUUAGCACGAAAGAGUGGGGGUAACUUGAGAUGUAGAUAGGACCUAGAAGGCAGGCGUGCUAGGCAAACCAUGUGUAUAACACGCUAGGGGAAAUGUCUCACAGCAGUCUCUGGGAUUGGCAUGGCCGCAUUUCUAGGAAUCUUAAAAGAAGCUUUGCCUGGUGUUACAGAACCAGCCUCAGAAAAAGAUCCCUCCUUCUAAUCAGCUGCAGUGUAACAGAAAGGGUGGUGUUGAGGUUUCUAAAGACAGAUUUCCAUGGAAGUGUUAACAGCCAGGCAUGACUUAAAAGUGUCCUGUGGUCACAUGCCAGUCUGACACUGGAAGCUUUCAUCCAGGUCAGACACUUGCAAGGAAUGACUUAAAUCAGUGGUUGCCUUUGCUGCCGGAAUUCCAUGUUCCUUGUGCUUUUAGGUUGCUAGGAACCGCCCUUGUCUCAUGAAAGUGUGAAUCUUUGCCCCAACAAAUUUAUGCUGCUCACACCUACUAUGCAGUCCCACAGUUGCACAUCACCUUUCACACUCAAACCAAAAAUGUAAGAUUCCAAAAAGAAUUCCAUGCGUUGAAAUUGUACUGUAUUUCAUCCGCUACAGUGCAGUCUGUUUUAUCCCUGGCGAAGCCAGAGGCACUGCACAUUUUUAUACGUGGAACACGUAAAUGGGCUGACUCUUGUAUAAUUUAAAACAUGACUACUCCACCCUUUACUGCAGAAAGCUAUUUUAUAGUCUAUUUAACGUUUCCCUCUCCAAGUUAUUACAGAUCUCACAAAAUGUUAUCUUGAAAUGCUGUAUAUAUAUGUUCAUUUGCCUUGUAACUUUGCACCUUGACAAUAUGGAAUGCAAGAUCCAGUUUAUGCAAUGCUGAGGCCAGUUACACAGUCUGCUAUUGCAAUAUGUUUAUUCAGGUAAUCUGAAUCUGGGUUGUCUACAACAUUUAUGCUUUUUCUACAGUAUGCUUUCUUACUGAUGACUAAUGAAAAUUAUGCAUGUUGACAGAUCUAUGAUUUGUAAAAGACAAUACUUGAAUUUACUUUCCUUUUCUCACUAAAGGGAGCUUUCUAUUACUGUUUCUUUGAUAGAUUGAAUUCUUUUUAAACUGUCUAGAAACAAAUUCAAAUUAAUUGUGAAGACUUUAAUUUUGCUUUAUUGUGAAAUUCCUAUUUUGAUGUCAACUCUGUCCACAGAUUGAUGGAGUAGGAAGGCUGAGAAAUUCAAUUGAACAAAGUCUAAAGGAAGUAUAAGCUAAGGGAAUGGGAUAGAAAGAAAAACAAAAGGCAAAUGUAAGGGAAAAAAGCAAGACACUUCGUUGCAAAACAAGGAAAUCCAAGUUUUCCUUUCCUGGGGAUGGAGUAAGAAAUCAUAUACACAAACAUGUACACAUACACAUACAUACGCUUACAAACAUCAUGAGUUUUAGUACUUAUCUAUUAAUUUUUGCCCAAUUAAACAAACCACAAUUAUUUGCAAAUUCCCAAAAUUUGAAAAACAAGAUUAGGCACAAUAGAAAUCAAGCUAUUUCCUGUAACCUCUAGCAUCCCUCUAGGAGGGAAAUUAUAAAUUUCACUGACUAGAAAAAAUACUGUUUUAAUUCUAAGCAUCACAAAUAUUUGCUGACUUUUCCUUGUUUUGCUCGAGGGAAAAGCUGUCCCAUCAUAGUUGUGUCCUUGCUUUAAUCAAUUCUGGCUGCUCUAUUUACUCUGAUCCUGAAUGAAGGAGGGCUUGCGAAUUUGCAUUCCUCUAUAAUUCCUCGCCACGUAGGUCUCAGGCUCAGAUGUGCUACUAAUUCUAGUGCCUACACCAGAGAGUUUCCGAGAAACCAUGUUUACUUUGUUAAAGAUGAACUCAUGCCUGAGGACAAAUGCUCUCCAAGUUUACCUGACAGUUGCAGAUUUUCCAAAUUAAGGGUAUAAGACCAUGGCAUUUGUCUUACAGAAGAGAAAAGUAUCUCACAGGGGUGUCCUUCAGAGCUCAUUCCAUGCUUUUAUACAGCCCCACAAGGAUAUAAAAUCAUAUUGAUUGAUAUGUGAAAAGAAAGAUUUUAAUAAGAAUUGUAAUGUCUUCAUUUAGAAAAAUGCCUUCCCUGGUGUUUUUGAAGCAGAUAUAAAAAACAGCAGGCAGGAAAUUAUCUGAAAUGUUUCUUUUGUGAAACAGUGCAAUAGAAACCCACCACGCCUUCAGCUUUGUGGACAGUUAAAAUGCUGGCUGCCGCUCCCUGUCCCUUGAUUUCAGUUUUGCUCUGCUCAAGUUGAAGUAUUUUCUAUCUUGGUUUUCCUAGGAGUACAAACCAGUUCUCAAAGAUUUAUAGCACACACUAUUCUCAGGAAUUCUAUAUUACACGAAUGCUGCUUAUAUAUUUUCAUAUUCUAAGGUGGUCUUUUUAAACAAAUGACUAAUAACCAUGUGCAUGUGGUCCGCGCUGAUGAGCUCUCCAGCAUCAAGGAGAUUCCCAGCGCAACGUGUGGAAAAUCACCCCGAUCUUAGCUGAGACAGCCCACCGCGGCUCGCCCCAUGCACGCGCUCUUUGGGCCAAGGCUGCCCACUGACUGCAUGAUGAGACCCAACUCCGAAUGUUGCACAGUCUCCUGAAGUGGCUUGUAGCACACUCUGUCGUGUGAUGGAAUGAAUAUGAAGUUUUUCACUCAAUAAAUUAUCAUUUGAUAUGGUA